AUGGAUAAAAAGACUAAAUAUAAGUUAUUAGGACUGACAGCUCUUGUAGGAUUGACAAGUUAUUUCUAUAUAUAAAAAGAAAGGAACAAGCCAAUAAAUUAAAAGAUGGCCUAAAAUUUUAAAGGAUUGCAAAAGAAAAUUGAUUCUUACUUCUCAGGGAAAUCUGCAGAAGAAAUGAUAUAAUUAGUUAGGGAUAAUGAUGAAUUUGUGGAAAUGCUUUAAAAGGAGGCAGGGAAAUACAUCGAUUUAUAAAAAAUAGAUGAGGAAAUAUCGAAAAUUGAUUUUAUUAGAUAAUUAUCAACCAUAAAUUAAUAAAUAAAUUAAUUAUUAGAAAUAAGAUUAGUUGUUUAAUACAUCUCAAAAAAUUCAUUACAAUUAGUUUAAGAAUAAAUCAUUGAAAAACUAGCAUCAUAGAGAGUGACUAUAAUGCAAUCUAAUACUUAAUUUGGAGAGGCUACAAUUAAUUUUGUAAAUUAUGUUUAAUGUUCUUUCUUAUAAUUAAUCUCUGAGUUAGAAAAAGUAUUGUAGGAUUUAUAAAGCCCUCAAAGAAUAGUUGCUGUAAACUUUUACUUCAUGUGCAUUUUGGAUUACUUUAAUAACAUAUUGACUAAAUAUCCAAAUUUCAGAAAUUUGAUAGCAAUCGUACUCUUAGAAAAAAUAGGAUAAAAUUAAUUUGGCUUUGAUUUUUAACAUGAUUGCAGGGAUUUAUAUUACGCAAAUACAGUAUAGACAUGCUAGAAACUCAACGCUUGUGAUUGUUGUAUAUUUGAUUUGCUAUGCAGAUACAUAUCUAUAUUUUAAUCCCCUGUAUAACAGAAGUUUUUUGAAUUCAUGAAAUGUAAUCAAUUGUUUUAGACUCAUGAGCAUUUGAUGCAAAUGGGAUAAAUAUUAUUCAAGAAUACAUUCUAUUUAGGAGGAUAGUUGGGCGAAGAUUCUCUUCAUUUCCUUGACACUUUUUCUCCUUUAUUUGGUCUCCUAAUAGAAGCAACAUCUAAUAAAAGUAUAUAAGAAGGGUUAUUGAAAUGUGAGGAAUUUGGAAUUGUUAUUUAAUAUCUUGAAAAAGUGAUAAACAAUCAUGAAAAUCAAUUUUUGAAUAGAUUGUUAGCAAGCUUGAUUGAUGUUUAUUCAAUCAUAUAUCCUCUUUUUUAUAAUGAAAGUGCAUUAAAAUAAAUUGCGAAUGAUGAAGAAAAAAUGAAAUAAAUUUUGAGUACAUUUUUCGGGGCUUUAUUGAACUUAGAGAGUAGAGAAAUGUUUGAUUCAAAUAAAUGUAUUACAAAUAUAUGA